CUUUCUGGUCGCCUGGUCUCGGACUCACCACUGCGCCCGGCGCCGCCGCCUUCUCCAAUUCCUCCUGCCGCCGCCGCCGUGUUCUCUCGGGAUUCCUUCUCUGAGGAUAGACGCUCUGCUCUCGGGAAGUUGAGGUGUACAAGACAGAGUGCCGAAGAGGAGCUGCGGGGACCGUUUCAGUGACAGCUCCGCGUCAGGACGCCGGGCGCUUGGAGCUCCCGCUCACCGCGAUCUCGCCCACCUUCCCGCAGGCGCGCGGGCGAUGCGGCCCCCGAGCCCCGCGGCGCCGAGAGGGAGAAGGGCACUCCGGAGCGCCUAGAGCUUGUUUCUGCCCACUUCGGGAAGGGAGCAUGGAGUUGUGAGCGCCACUUGUUCGGCGAGGCCGCCGGCAGGCUCCCCAUGGCCGGGACGUACAGCUCCACUUUGAAGACGCUGGAGGACUUGACCUUGGACUCCGGCUAUGGGGCGGGGGACUCGUGCCGCUCGCUCAGCCUCUCGUCCUCCAAGUCCAACUCGCAGGCGCUCAACUCUUCGGCGCAGCAGCACCGCGGGGCGGCCUGGUGGUGCUACUCUGGCUCCAUGAACAGCCGCCACAACAGCUGGGACACAGUGAACACGGUGCUGCCCGAGGACCCCGAGGUGGCCGACCUCUUCUCGCGCUGCCCGCGACUCCCCGAGCUGGAGGAGUUCCCUUGGACCGAGGGGGACGUGGCCCGCGUCCUCCGCAAAGGAGUCGGAGGCCGGCGGCUGCCUGCGUUCUCUGGCGAGGCGGUGCGGCGCUUGGCUGGGUUGCUCCGCAGGGCGCUGAUCCGCGUGGCCCGCGAAGCGCAGCGCCUAAGCGUGCUGCACGCCAAGUGCACCCGCUUCGAGGUGCAGAGCGCCGUGCGCCUGGUGCACAGCUGGGCGCUGGCCGAGAGCUGCGCACUGGCCGCGGUCAAGGCGCUGUCCCUGUACAGCAUGAGCGCCGGGGACGGGCUGCGCCGAGGCAAGUCGGCGCGCUGCGGCCUCACCUUCUCCGUGGGCCGCUUCUUCCGCUGGAUGGUGGACACUCGCAUCUCGGUGCGCAUCCACGAGUACGCAGCCAUCUCGCUCACCGCCUGCAUGGAGAACCUGGUGGAGGAGAUCCGGGCCAGGGUGCUGGCCAGCCAGAGCCCUGACGGCGGAGGGGCUGGAAGCGGAGAGGUGUCCGCCGAGGCCCUGGAGAUGGUCAUCAACAACGACGCCGAACUCUGGGGCGUCCUGCAGCCCUACGAGCAUCUCAUCUGUGGCAAGAACGCCAACGGUGUACUCUCCCUCCCCGCAUACUUCAGUCCCUACAACGGCGGGUCCUUGGGCCAUGACGAGCGGGCCGAUGCCUACGCCCAGCUGGAGCUCCGGACCCUGGAGCAAUCUCUCCUGGCCACCUGCGUGGGGAGCAUCUCAGAGCUGAGUGACCUGGUCUCCCGUGCCAUGCACCACAUGCAGGGACGCCACCCCCUGUGUCCAGGCACCAGCCCCGCCCGUCAGGCCCGACAGCCACCACAGCCCAUCACCUGGUCCCCCGAUGCCCUCCACACGCUCUACUAUUUCCUGCGGUGUCCACAGAUGGAGUCCAUGGAGAACCCCAACCUGGACCCCCCGAGAAUGACCCUGAACAAUGAACGACCCUUCAUGCUGCUGCCCCCGCUGAUGGAGUGGAUGCGCGUGGCCAUCACGUAUGCAGAACACCGCCGCAGCCUCACCGUGGACAGUGGCGACAUCCGACAGGCAGCCCGGCUGCUGCUGCCCGGCCUGGACUGCGAGCCCCGGCAGCUCAAGCCUGAGUGCUGUUUCCGUUCCUUCCGGAGGCUGGACGCCAGAGCAGCUACUGAAAAGUUCAACCAGGAUCUGGGUUUCCGCAUGCUCAACUGUGGGAGGACAGACCUCAUCAACCAGGCUAUUGAGGCCCUGGGACCAGAUGGGGUGAACACCAUGGAUGACCAGGGCAUGACGCCAUUGAUGUAUGCCUGUGCCGCUGGGGAUGAAGCGAUGGUCCAGAUGCUAAUUGAUGCUGGAGCAAACCUCGACAUCCAAGUUCCAAGCAACUCUCCCAGGCACCCGUCUGUCCACCCCGACAGCCGGCACUGGACCUCGCUGACAUUUGCUGUGCUUCAUGGACACAUCUCUGUGGUCCAGUUGCUGCUGGAUGCUGGUGCCCACGUGGAGGGCUCAGCAGUGAACAGCGGGGAGGACAGCUAUGCAGAGACACCCCUGCAGCUAGCCUCCGCGGCUGGGAACUAUGAGCUGGUCAGCUUGUUGCUGAGCCGAGGUGCUGACCCCCUGCUCAGCAUGCUCGAAGCCAAUGGCAUGGCCUCCUCCCUCCAUGAGGAUAUGAACUGCUUCAGCCACUCAGCCGCCCAUGGCCACAGGAAUGUCCUGAGGAAGCUCCUAACACAGCCGCAGCAGGCCAAAGCGGAUGUGCUGUCCCUGGAAGAGAUCUUGGCCGAAGGUGUGGAGGAGAGCGACGCGUCGAGCCAGGGCAGUGGCAGCGAGGGGCCUGUGCGGCUGAGCCGAACCCGCACAAAGGCCCUGCAGGAGGCCAUGUACUACAGCGCUGAGCAUGGCUACGUGGACAUCACCAUGGAGCUGAGGGCACUGGGUGUUCCCUGGAAGCUGCAUGUCUGGAUUGAGUCUCUGAGGACCUCCUUCUCACAGUCACGGUACUCCGUGGUGCAGAGCCUCCUGCGGGACUUCAGCUCCAUCAAAGAGGAGGAGUACAACGAGGAGCUGGUGACCGAGGGCCUGCAGCUCAUGUUCGACAUCCUCAAGACCAGCAAAAACGACUCUGUCAUCCAGCAGCUGGCCGCCAUCUUCACGCACUGCUAUGGCAGCAGCCCCAUCCCCAGCAUCCCUGAGAUCCGGAAGACCCUGCCCGCCAGACUAGAUCCUCACUUUCUGAACAACAAGGAGAUGUCGGAUGUGACCUUCCUAGUGGAAGGAAAGCUGUUUUACGCACACAAAGUCCUGCUGGUGACAGCGUCCAACAGGUUUAAGACCCUGAUGACCAAUAAAUCAGAGCAAGAUGGCGACAGCAGCAAGACCAUUGAGAUCAGCGACAUGAAGUACCACAUUUUCCAGAUGAUGAUGCAAUACCUGUACUACGGGGGAACAGAGUCCAUGGACAUCCCCACGGCUGACAUCCUGGAGCUGCUGUCCGCGGCCAGCCUGUUCCAGCUUGAUGCCCUGCAGCGGCACUGCGAGAUCCUGUGCUCCCAGACUAUCAGCGUGGAGAGUGCUGUGAGCACCUACAAGUAUGCCAAGAUCCACAACGCCCCAGAACUGGCCCUGUUCUGCGAAGGCUUCUUCCUCAAGCACAUGAAGUCCCUGCUGGAGCAGGACUCCUUCCGGCAGCUCAUCUAUGGGCGCAGCAGCAAAGUGCAGGGCCUGGACCCGCUGCACGAUCUGCAGAACACCCUGGCCGAGCGUGUGCACUCUGUCUACAUCACCUCCCGCGUGUGAGGGGGCAGCACAUGCAGACCCCUGGGCCCCUGGCUGUGGCUCUGUUUCUAGGCUCC